AUGCCCUCAAUCCUCAACGACGACGAAAAGCAAGUCGUCAAACGUACGGUCCCCAAGGCCUCCAACAAGAUCCACGCCGUCGCCGUCGCCAAGCUCUAUCUCUCCCUCCCCAACCGCCCUCAAUGGAUCUUCACCGGCCUCUCCGGCGCCGUAGUGCUUGCGAACGACCUCGUGGGCCACACGUUCUGGCUCAAAUUGGUCGAUGUCAGCUCGGCGAACCGCGGUGUGAUAUGGGACCAGGAGAUCUACGAUACCUUCCAGUACCACCAGGACCGCGUGUUCUUCUUCAGCUUCGAGGGCGAGGACUGCAUGUUCGGACUAAGCUUCGCCGAUGAGAAGGAGGCGAAGCAGUUCCGGAAGAAGAUGGAUGAGCGAGAAAAGAAUGCGCAUAAGAACACACGAGGCAAGCCGUUUGCGCAUGGCCCGGCGCAGAGGUCAUACGAUGGCGGACAGCAGCAUCAACAAAUCGCAGGUGGUGGAGGGAAGUCUUCGAGGUUGGGAAGCUUGUUUGGGGGACAUAGGCAUAGCUCUGCCUCGCAGCAGCAGGGACCGCCACAGAGCAUCAUUCCGCCGCGAGGGGUCGAGAUUAACAAUUCGGCUGCCUCACCAAGCGCGGGUAGAAGUCGGGCAAGCUCAGCGAGUGGCAUUGACUUGACGGAUCCUGCGGUCCAGGCGGUGCUGCAGGAUUUGGUGAAAAUGGGCAUUACAGAGGAUCAAAUUGAGGAGCAUGCUGGUUUCAUCAAGAGCUACCUUGAGCAGAACAAGGCCACGGCUGCUGCAGAGGCAGAAAAGAAGCAACGUGCUCCUCCACCGCCACCGCCAGUGCAGAAUGGUUUGAGCCCGCAGAACACCGGCAGUAGUACGGGAACGACAAGCAAGCGAGGGCCGCCUCCUGCUCCACCGCCAUCUAGAAGAGCAGCUGGUGGUGCUCCAGGAGCUCCAGCAGUGCAGAAGCCUCCUAGUCCAUCACCGAGCCCGCCGCCGCGGGAGCCUUCUCCUCCGAGACCCAGGUUUAGAGCACCACCUCCGCUUGCUGAUGCCGGCAAAUUUGCAAACUCGGGAGCACCGGCUUUGCCCGGUCGAAACAGAGCCCCAAGCCAGAGCAACGCUGGUCCUCCGCCUCCUCCACGGCCGCCGAAAACCCCCAUAGAGGACGAGUCUCCGUCAACGCCAACGAAACACGCAGUUCCGCCAGCCUUUUCUGGCAACAGACUACCGCCUGGCCCGCCGCCACCGCCAGCAAGGAACAGCAACGCGGGCGGUUUGCCUCCACCGCCACCCGCACGAGACUCUGCUCCGGCUGGUGUUCCGCCUCCACCACCGCCUCGCUCUCCCAACGCGAACGCGGGAGGCUUUCAGAGCGACUCUGCACCGCCUCCUCCACCGCCUUUACCACCCUCGUCUUCUAGACCUGUGCCCCCUCCACCUUCUUCAGACGGUCCACCACCUCCACCACCUUUGCCACCGCCAAACGCAAGCUCAGGUGGCCCUCCACCACCCCCACCUCUUCCUCCACCAAACGCCUCAUCCGGCGGUCCGCCUCCACCCCCGCCCAUGCCCCCUCGCAGCGCCGGAGGCGAACCAACAGCCGCCUCCAUGCCCAAGCCGCCUGCCGCACCCGGUCGCGACGGCCUGCUCGCGGACAUCCGAGGCGGUGCGGCGCUGAAGAAGGUUUCCGACAAGGAGAAGAGGGAUCGCAGCGCGGCGGCUGUUCCUGGUGCUGAGCCCGUAGCGCCUCCGCCGCCUGCGAGCGGUUCCGAUGCGCAGCCUGGUGGGUUGGCGGGGGCGUUGGGGGCUGCAUUGGCGGCGAGGAAGAAUGACGAGAAGGACGAUGAUGACUGGUAG